CAAAGAGUGAAAGCUUUCCAGAUGAUCAGCAUGUUUAGGAGAGACUUGAGACCUGGUUCUUGGUUCUUCAGCUUUCUGGUCGGUAGUCUGUCCAGGGGUCUCUUUGCCUUUGCAGCCCUUGCCAAGAAUCCGACUUCUAAAGGUUUUGCUCCUGUCACGAUUGAGACCUCAAGACACAUGUAUGAAUAUGUGGCCACUGCUUUGGACUGGUGGCAUGCAGACAGAUACUGCGACCAACACUUUGCUCAGUUGCUUUUUGAACCCCAAGACGGUGAGCAAGCUUCCUUUAGCAAACUGCUGCAGUCCCACCACAUCAGAGGUUCUGUCUGGCUAAAUGAAAGGGAUGGUGUCCUGCACAAACCAAAAUGGAGACGAGACCACAUCGUACCGGUCCUGGUGUUCGGAGACAAAACAGACACCAAAUACGUGAAGGUGCUCGCUGACUUCCCAGCACUGCCUGCUGUCACAGCCUGCGCCCACCUCCAGUGGGACGCCAGGACCCAGGAGAUUGCUACCAUCUUCUCCUAUGCUGUGCCGGCUUUUAUUAACGAGUUUCAGCUCCGUGGCUUUGUUGAUGAGGAAGGCUUUGUUCGAUUUGCUCUGAUAGUCCAUGGGCACCAUUCCCCAUACCUGCCCGUGUUCCGUGCUGAUGGACAGUGGCAUCACUUCUGCGUGACGUGGCAGCAGGAAAACGGGACCUGGGCUAUCUAUGCCGACGGUAAAAGGAGGGCCUCUGCCAGCGGUUUGUGUGCCGUGGGGCCGUCUACCCCCCAGGCCAUCUACGGCCAGGGGACUUUCAUAAUUGGGCAGGAUCAGGAUUCCCUGGGGGGCACCUUCAGGGAGAAAGAGUCCUUCAGUGGGAACAUCACUGACUUGCACAUCUGGCAGAAAGUCCUGGGCGCGGAGCAGAUUGAGAAAGUUCGGUCAUGCUGGGUGGUAGAGCAAGACCUUGUAUUCGGGUGGAGCUCAGACGCUCUGGAGAUUGAAAACACCGUUGGGGAAGUGACCGCACAGUUUCUUUGCCCAGGUAAGUCUUAGGGCUGCCGAGUUUUUGAAGUUGGCAGCAGUGGAUUCAGUUACGCAUCUUGUUUGCAGGCUUUGCCUUUUAUCUGUCACUACAGAAAGGAUGCAUACUGGCAACUGAAAAAAGCUCAGCUGGAAUCCAGCCAUUUGCUUGUCGCCCGUGUGAACGCGCUUGCAGAGAGGACUGUGAUUCCUGAGAACGUCUUCACAAGUGAUGUCCAAGACAUGAACCUCUCUGUUGCUGUUGGUGCUCUUGAUGUCUUGGCAACUGUUCUGAGGGAAGGAGAGACACCAGUGCUGGAGUCGUCUGACCUCCUUGCAGUGCUUCAGUUACUAAAGCAGGUUUCUGAUGUGGAAGUCCAGGAGGGAGAGGAGCUGGAGAUGUUGGAGCAGUUGGGCCAGUAUUACGUGGAAGUGACUGAGUUAAUCUUGGAAGAGCAGAAUAUUGAAACGUGGUCAUCAGUCAGCCAGGUUAUCAGCGGGCCCAUGGCUGUUGUUGAGCUCUGCGACAGAAUGGUGUCACACUUAGCCCCACUGCUGACCGCAGGGAGGACAAAGAUCACGAUCCAGCACGGGAAUGUCGGGCUGGAGGUCAGGAAGCUGGAGCUGAGCAGGCAGGAGCUGAGCAGUGAGGCAUACCUGGUCCAGAGCCCUGAGAAAGGCAAGCACGACCUCAUUGAAGUUCCCGCAGAAGAAAUGCAAAGACUGAAAGCCAGCGGUCUCCGCAGAGUCACGGUGAAAAACAUGUGGUUUGGCUACGGCUCCCCGCCGAGCGGCCCGGCCGGCGCCGGGCGCAG